UAGGUCAGUUGUGUCAAGGCCGGUCAACCUAACUACAUAUCAACUGCGUCUGUUUCACUUAUAUUAGCUUCACUAAGUUAUCUCAUUCUAUGCUUAUCUCAAGGUUACUGUUAGUGCGCAGUUAUCUGGUUAAAUCGGGGAAAGUCGGACUCAGUAGCAUUGUGAACAACUACUCCAGAGCAAGCAUGGCGACUGUGACAUUUCAAACUGAGAAUAAACUGGGCGAUUGUCCGGGGCACAUGGUGGACGUCCCUGGCUGCAAGAAGGGACUGAUUGUCCUGCAGGAGUGGUGGGGAAUGAAUGACCAGAUAAAGCAACAGGCCACAAACCUCUCCAAAGACGGACACUUGACCACUCUCGUGCCGGACCUUUACCGAGGCAAAGUCGCCACUGACCGUGAGACGGCCGGACACUAUAUGGGUGAUCUGGACUGGCCUGGGGCGGUCAAGGACGUUCAAGCAGCAGCCAGGUUUCUGCAGUCCAAGGGCUGCGUCAAGGUUGGCGUGACAGGCUUCUGCAUGGGCGGGGCGUUGGCGUUCGCCGCAGCAGCCCUCGUGCCGGAGAUCAGUGCCGCCGCGCCCUUUUAUGGCAUCCCGGGCCAGCAACUGGCAGACCUAACUACGAUCAAGAUUCCUGUUGAAGCUCACUUUGGCAAGAAAGAUACCCUCCAAGGAUUUUCCUCACCGGAUGAUUAUCGCCCUCUUGUCGAGAAAUUAAAGGCAGCAGGCGUGGAUAUCGUUCUCUUGGAGUACGAUGCUGGACAUGGCUUUACUAACUUCCAGAACCCUCUGGGAACAUAUGACGAGGAAGCCGCCAAACAGGCCUUAGGGCGCAUGCUGGAGUUUAUGAAUGAGAAGUUGGAAUAAGCCGUAGAUAAUAUACUAGUUAGUUUGUUACUGCAGCAAAAUUAUGUCUUUAUUGGUUAGCUGAUGCGACCUGACAGCGUCCAUAUCACGCUGGAGAACAUCUCCUUUUUAAUAUUCAAACGGGAAAUUUGAGUUAAAUGUAUAAGGAAAACAAUGCUUAAAUUGCGAGAUAAUUAUAUACCAUGUACCCAGCGCUCAUUCGUUUAAUUAAUAAAUUUUACGUGGACAUGGG